GACCUGUCAUAUAAAGGUGUAACCCUUUGGGAGAUGCAUCAUCUUCAUUUAACAAUUUAUCAUUGAUGGUUGACCUGAAUUAGUUUUGGGACUCUAACAUUUUCCGGGAUACACCACAUUUCUUUGGUGGCCCCAGCUGUACUUGAUUGUAACUCGGAUUUAUUUGGAAGUUCCCUGUCCAGUAUUUUAGAGAGGAGCAGUUCUUACAGCCAGGAAUCAAGAUGCCUUCAUUUAUUACACCUGUACCACCAGCAUCAUGUCCCAAUGUGAUUCAGAAGCCAACUGUAAUAUCAAUGGUGGGAUUACCAGCCCGCGGCAAGACGUACAUGUCAAAGAAAUUGACGAGAUAUCUCAACUGGAUAGGAAUUAAAACAAAAGCUUUUAACGUCGGAGAAUAUAGACGGGCAGCCACUGACAAGUAUCGAAAUCAUGAUUUUUUCCGACAAGAUAACACAGAAGCCCAGGCUAUUAGACAGAAAUGUGCCUUGAUGGCAAUUGAUGAUGCCUGCAAUUUUCUACAAAAUGGAGGUGAAGUUGCUGUGCUUGAUGCCACCAACACGACAGGAGAGAGAAGAAAGCUACUGUUUGACAUCAUUCAGGUCAAGAACAAAUUCAAGUUGUUCUUUGUUGAGUCUAUCUGUGAUGACCCUUCCAUUAUUGAGGCCAAUAUUCUGGAAGUGAAGGUGUGCAGCCCAGACUAUAUAGGGAUGAAUAAAGAUGAGGCAGUGGAGGACUUCAUGAGGAGAAUUGAACAUUACAACAACAUGUACGAAUCACUGGACCACAACAAAGACAAAGAUCUGUCUUAUAUACAGAUAUUUAACCAAGGAGAGAGGUUUCUCGUCCACAAACUAGCAGGUCAUCUACAAAGUCGCGUUGUAUAUUACCUUAUGAAUAUUCAUGUGUUGCCAAGAACUAUAUAUUUAACAAGGCAUGGAGAAUCUCAGAUGAACCUAGAAGGGAGGAUUGGGGGAGACAGUGACUUGUCGCCAAGGGGUGAGGAGUAUGCCACUGCCUUAGCUCGAUACUUAGAAAAUGAAAAGAUUGCUAAUCUGAAAGUGUGGACAAGUGAACUUAAGCGAACAAAAGCCACAGCCAGACAUGUAGAUGCCCCAGUAGAACACUGGAAGGCUCUCAAUGAAAUUGAUGCUGGUAUAUGUGAGGGGAUGACAUAUGAGGAGAUUCAGGAAAAACACCCCAUAGAAUUUGCAAUGAGGGACCAGGAUAAAUUUCAUUACAGAUACCCAGGAGGGGAGUCAUACCAGGACUUGGUUGCUAGACUGGAACCAGUCAUAAUGGAAUUAGAGAGACAGGAGAACGUGUUGGUGGUCUGUCAUCAAGCCGUGGCCCGUUGUCUGCUUGCUUACUUCCAGGACAAAUCCUCAGGGGACCUAGCAUAUCUGAAAGUUCCACUGCACACAGUCAUCAAACUCACACCAGUAGCAUAUGGCUGUAGGGUCGAGUUUGUCAGCCUGAACAUAGAGGCUGUGAACACGCACCGAGAAAAACCAAAGAAUGUUGAAGCACACAGAAGCAACACAGAGGCCCUAGAGACUGUGCCAGACCAUAUAUGAUGUCAUGGAGAUACUAAGGAUUGCUAUAGUAGCACUGAAGGCAGCUGUUACCAUAGACACAAGAAAUGCAUGAACACCAACACCAAGGAUGAGGUUUUCAUCCUAUAAGUUGCUGAUAACUUUGUCUUGCUAUGGAACAUUGAAGAAAAAAUAUAUACAUGUAAUAUAUUAAAUGACACAUAUUUCAGCAAGGAAAAGCUUAAGGGAUGUUUCAUGCUCCUGAUUGUAUAUGUAUGCACUGCAGUUCAUGGGAAGCAAGAUUGCAAGGCACAUUCAGCAAGGGUGUUGGACUGUUCUGAAAUUAAUCACUUCACUGUGACACUGUUGCAUAAUCAAGUUAUUUAUGAUAAUUAUGUGUAAUUUUUAUUGUGUGUUAGUGGGGAGAGAGAGAGAGAGAGAUUAUGAAAUGAAUUAUCAAUAAUUUGUUUUCAGGGAUGUUUAUUUUUAAAAUCUUUAAAUUUAAUUAUGCAUAAUCUCUGUGAUAUCAAUUUUGAAUAGCACUUUUGACAUUGUUUCUUACAGUGUAAUGUUUUAUUUUUUUAGAGGAUGUUUCAGUUACUGACAUGUUCAUUGAAAAUGGCAUGUAAUUUUUUCCUACAAUUUAGACAUAUAUAUGUAUUAAUAGGACAAUAUUUUUUUAGUUUUUAAUUAAUGUUUAUGCCAUACAAGUUUAAAGAUCAAGUGACAUUUAAUGUUUGAUCCAUCUUUGCUUGCCAGCCUGUAACUUUCUUUUAAUCAACAUGUAAAGCUUUAAUGAUAACAUUUUACUGUGAAACAGAUACUUUAAAUCUGUUUAAGUUAAACACCCAAGAAAAACAUGAUGGAGUAGAUAUCUUUUUAACAGGCUUUGUACGUCUUUCAUAUGAAAUAAUAGAAAUGUUUAAUAUAAUAUGAGAUUGCAUUCAUGGGGUAUUUGAAUAGAUAAGGUACUGAAAUAAUGAAUAUUGCUAUACGUG